AUGGAUGGUGGAUGGGACGAGGGCGAGGGCAAUGGCGAUAAGGACGAUGUGGACGAUGAGUUCAUUCACUCCAGGGCACGAGUGAGGAAGAUGAGGAUUGGGAUUCUUGAGAAUAAACCAUUUCAUAAAGAAAAGCGAUUGCAUUUUGAUGGUUGCAAGGACUGCGGAGUUUUCAGGCUUCGGAACCCCAACAAGAACAAGAGCAGUGAGUGUUCCUUGCGUUUCUUUCUUGUGAUCCUGAAAGUCUUCGACAACAGGAGCGGUAUUCCGGGGAUGCCGCAGCUCGACAUGAAGAUGCCAGAAAUGCCGAAGUUUGAGAUGCCGCGCAUGCCAUGGGACACAGAAAACAAGGGGGAGGACGCGGGAGCAGCGGCAACAAGCCCUGGCCUGGAGCUCCCCAAAUUUGAGAUGCCCAAGAUGCCGUGGGAUGCACCAGCAGAGGAGAAUCAGGAUCAAGGUGCCUCUACUUGCAUCCUCAUGCUCCAGCAGCCUGCUGACUCGCUGGAUGCGCAACCGGAGGGUGAUCAACAAGGUGGUUUGCAGAUGCCCAAGAUCGAGAUGCCGAAGAUGCCUUGGGAUACACAGCAGCAGCCGGAGGAGGGACAGGCCGAAGGAGGAUUUGCCAUGCCCAAGUUUGAGAUGCCCAGCUGGAUCCCAGGCGCGGCACAGGGCGAGCAGCCCAAGGAGGGAGAGGCAGCUGCUUGA